GAGCGCCGGCGUCGGAUGUGUUGUUGAUGUGUUGCAUGUUAAUUUACUUUUUCUCUGCAGCUUGUGGUAUUUUCGCGUGAUAUUCAAUAGAAAAGUGUUUGUUGCUUGAUAUUGAUGCGUAAGACAAGUUACAAGUAGCGAAUAUGGCUAACCGCACUGUAAAAGACGCGACUUCGGUGAAAGGAACGAAUCCACAAUAUUUAGUGGAGAAAAUUAUUCGUUCAAGAAUAUAUGACAGCCGAUACUGGAAAGAAGAAUGUUUUGCGCUCACAGCUGAGCUUGUGGUGGACAAGGCCAUGCAGCUGAAGUAUGUUGGAGGUGUUUUUGGAGGCAACAUCAAGCCCACACCAUUCCUCUGUCUGGUGCUGAAGAUGCUGCAGAUCCAGCCAGAGAAAGACAUCAUUGUAGAAUUCAUCAAGAAUGAAGACUUCAAGUACGUGCGUGCCCUGGGCGCCUACUACAUGCGGCUGACUGGGAACUCACUCGACUGCUACAAAUAUCUGGAGCCGCUGCUCAACGACUACCGCAAGCUGCGCUCUCAGAACCGCCAGGGAGUGUACGAGUUAACCUAUAUGGACGAGUUCAUCGACCAACUGCUGCGGGAGGAGCGCAUGUGUGAUGUCAUAUUGCCACGCAUCCAGCGAAGACAGGUGCACGAGGAGAACGGUCAGCUGGAGCCGCGGGUGUCGGCGCUCGAUGACGACCUCGACGAGCUGGCCGAGUCGUCUGGCGAUGACGAGCCGCCGCCGCUGCCGUCCAGUCCGCCACCGGCGCGGCCCAGUCCGCCGCCGCUGCCGCCGCCGCCAGGUGCCCUCUCCGGCCGCCACCACCGGCGCAGUCGCAGCCGCAGCAGAGAGCGCGCCCGCGACCCCUGGAAGAAGCGGGAACACCGCGACGACCACCGGGAACACCGCGGGGAGCACCGGCGUGAACACCGGGAGCACCGGGGAGAGCACCGCGAACACAGAGGAGACUACCGCGGCGACCACUACGGCGACUAUCGUGGAGAGUUCCGCGGCGACCGAUCCCGAGAGUACCGAGAGAACCGCGGCGACUGGGGCGCGCCUCCAGACAAACGCCACCGCGGAGACUACGAGGUACCGCACCGCGAACAUCGCGAGCACCGGGAACACCGAGAACACCGCGAGAGGCGCGAGCACCGCGAACACAAGUCGGACCGGCGCGCCGAGCGAGAGGAGCGGCGCGCGGACCGUGAAGAGCGCCGUGCCGGCCGCGAGGAGCGCCGCUCGGGCCGACACCGCGGUCAGGACGAGCGUAGGGAAAUCGAUGAGGCGAAUGCGCUGCGAGCCAAGCUGGGCCUGCCGCCGCUGCGGCCCGCCCUGGACGCGGCUCGCGCGGCCGAGUCGGCCGGCGGUCUGGUCGGGGACGGCUACCGCGGCUCGCCGCUGCACCCGCAGGUCGCCGACGCUGCCGCCGUCGACUGGGUGUUCCUCGUGACCACGCUCAACUUCAACUUCUGGACGUCCGAGGGUGCCGUCAAGUACCGGGUGCGCCACGGAGGCAUCAUGUACGACGGCUACUUCUCCGUCUGCGCCGCUGUCAACCGGGCGCUGGAGGAGGGUAAGCCGGCGACCGACCCGGCCUGGUACGGCCGGCUGGACCUGGACGGUGUCCGUCACCUGCUCCGCUCUGACACGGAGGCCGAGAUCCCGCUACUGGAGGAGCGACACCGCGCCGUCACCGACGCUGGCAGGGUGUUGCUGGAAAAGUACGGCGGCAGUUUCGUCAACUGUGUGAAGGCGUGCGGCGGCUCGGCGCAGCGGCUGCUCCGGCUGGUCACAGACGAGUUCGCCUCGUACCGGGACGAGGCAGAGUUCAAGGGACAAAGAGUGUCGCUCUACAAGCGAGCGCAGAUUCUGAUUGCCGAUCUGUGGCUCUGCUUCGACGGCCGGGGGCUCGGCCAGUUCGACGAUAUCGACACGCUGACCAUGUUCGCCGACUACAGAAUCCCGCAGGCGCUGGCCUACUUGGGCGCGCUGCGCUACUCCCCGGAGCUGAUGGCGCUCCUGCAGGCAGAGCACGUGUUCGCCUCCGGCCACCCGAUGGAGGUCGAGAUCCGGGGCUGUAGUAUCGCCGCCGUGGAGCGGAUUGUGGCCGCCGCCCGGCAGAUGGCCGCCGAAUCCGGCCAGCCCGUCUCGCCCACCUUCCUCAACAGUAUCGGAGUGGAUAACUUCCUCUGGGGGUACCGGCGGCAGCACGUGAAGGAGACGAACGCUGUGCCCUAUCACAAGAAACCUAACACCACAAGACAUCUGAAGAUGUUGACUACAGCAAACUGGUGUGUAUUGAGGUGGUUGAGGAGGUCAGAAGGUCCCACAUCUCUGAAGUACUUGGUCAGGUCUCUGUCCAGCUCUGAGGGCCCUGAGCCAGAGCAGAGACCACUGCCACUGAGGAGCAGCAAACCCACCUCCAGCAGGCGGUCACAGCCGCGUCCGUUUAUCGACUGGCGCCGGAUCCGCGUGACGGCUGGCUCCGGUGGCGACGGCGCCGUCUCACUGGCCCGCGUGUACCGUAACCCGCGAGCCGGACCCAACGGAGGGGACGGGGGAGCCGGAGGUCACGUCAUCUUCCAGGCCACCACCAACGUCAAGAGUCUGGGCCACCUGGGCUCGUCGCUGCGCGCUGAGGACGGCGUGGCCGGCUCGGGACGCGACUGUCACGGUGCCACGGCCGCUCACCUGACCGUCAGCGUGCCGGUCGGCACCAUGUUCCAAACCGAGGAGGGCGGCCUGCGCGCCAGCCUGGACACGGAUGGUGCCAUGUUUGUGGCCGCGCGCGGCGGCGCCGGCGGCAGGGGCAACAAGUACUUCGCCACCGAUACGAACCAGACGCCGCGCGUCGCAGAGAGGGGAGCCGCCGGCGAGAGUUUCACCUACACGGUGGAGCUGCGGACCAUGGCCGAUGUUGGACUGAUCGGGUUCCCGAACGCCGGCAAGUCCACGCUGUUGCGGGCGGUGUCUCGCGCGCGACCGAAGGUGGCCGCCUACCCGUUCACCACGCUGCAGCCACACGUGGGCAUGGUGCAGUAUAGCGACUACACACAGCUGGCAGUGGCCGACAUUCCCGGUCUGAUACCGGACGCCCACCGUAACCGCGGCCUGGGCGUGUCCUUCCUGCGCCACGUGCAGCGCUGCACGUGCCUCCUCUACGUGCUGGACGUGUCGGCGCAGCCGGCCCAGCAGCUGCACGUGCUCCGCCACGAGCUGAACAUGUUCCAGCUGGGCCUGGCCGACCGGCCGCACGCGCUGGUCGCCAACAAGUGUGACCUGCCCGGCGCAGAGGCUAACCUGGCGGAGCUGCGGGCAGCCGUGGCACUGCCUGUGCUCCCGAUAUCGGCCAAGAUGGGCACCAACAUCCCCGAGCUUCUGUCGUUUCUUCGCCGGCUGUACGACCAGCACCGGACAGAGUCGGCGGCAGACGGCGAGCGGGCGGAGGGCUCGGGCGCCGCGUGACGCAUUCUGAGCGGAGGGCUGUGAUGUGGGGUGGAUUAUUGUAUGAUUUGCGACAAUGAAGGCGAUUUAACCGUGAA